UUAGGCCGGGUCAGCAUUACAGCUACGGCUUUAUAGCCGCUCUUUAGGGUUCCUAGCCGGCUGCUUUUUGGCGCCGGGCCUCAGCAUGGCUGCCUCCAGGGUUGAGGGCCGGGCAGUUGCCACACUUUCGUUUUGCUGACCGUCCUUGUAGUUUGUGCUCUUGUCUUUCUUGGGCUACUCCAGCAGACAUGUUCGCUAAGGCCUUUCGGGUCAAGUCCAACACAGCCAUCAAGGGAUCGGGCAGGAGAAAGCUUCGGGCUGAUGUGACAGCUGCUUUUCCCACCCUUGGAACAGACCAGGUCUCCGAACUGAUACCUGGAAAGGAAGAGCUAAACAUUGUGAAGUUGUAUGCGCACAAAGGGGACGCAGUGACUGUUUAUACGAGCGGUGGUAACCCCGUCCUGUUUGAACUGGAGAAAAAUUUGUAUCCCACAGUGUAUACACUGUGGUCCUAUCCUGAUCUUCUGCCAAUUUUUAUAACAUGGCCACUGGUACUCGAAAAACUGGUCAGGGGAGCAGAUUUGAUGCUGCCAGGUUUAGUGGUGCCUUCUACUGGUCUGCCUCAGGUACAGCAAGGCGACCUCUGUGCCAUUGCCUUGAUGGGGAACAGAGCUCCUGUAGCAGUUGGAGUGGCUGCCAUGUCCACAGCUCAGAUGCUGGCUUCAGGCAUGAAGGGAAAGGGCUUCUCUGUGAUCCACACUUAUCAGGACCAUUUGUGGAAAUCUGGAGACAAGUCCUCUCUACCUGCCAUUGCCCCACUGGCAGUGGAUCCCACAGAUAGCAAUGAAAAGAAGGUGGACCUUGGUCUGCAUGGAAACCCGAGGAGCCUGGCGCUGGAGGGAGGGGAGAGCAAUGGGAAGGUUCCUCAGCCAGAAGCCUCUGAAGAUACUAGCUCUGGGGCCCUGAGUCAGGAUUCCGUGGAUGGCAAGCCCCUUCAAGAGCAAAUGGAUGAGUUGUUACAGCAGUGCUUCCUGCAUGCCUUGAAGAGUCGAGUCAAAAAAGCUGACCUCCCUUUGCUCACCAGCACUCUCCUUGGCAGUCACAUGUUCUCCUGCUGCCCUGAAGGACAGCAACUGGAUAUAAAGAAGUCAAGCUAUAGAAAGCUCUCAAAGUUCCUCCAGCACAUGCAGCAGGAGCAGAUUGUCCAGGUCAAGGAGCUGAGCAAAGGGGUGGAGAGCAUUGUGGCUGUGGACUGGAGACAUCCGAGGAUCACUUCUUUCAUCAUCCCCGAGCCUUCCCUGACUUCCCAGACUGUCCAGGAAGGUAGCAGGGAACAGUCCUAUCACCCUCCAGAUAUAAAAUUCCUCUACUGUGUCCCAGCCAACAUGACCCAGCUCUUCCUGGAGUCUGGCCACAAGAAGGGGAGUGCUCUUGAGGGCAGUGAGGUCCGAAAGAUCAUCACUGACUAUGCCAAGAGAAACAGCCUCGUGGAUACAGACAACAGAAAUCUGGUGAAGUUGGAUCCUAUCUUAUGUGACUGCAUCUUAGAGAAAAAUGAACAGCACAUGAUCAUGAAGCUCCCGUGGGACUGUCUCCUGACCAGAUGUUUGAAAAAUCUGCAGCCUGCCUACCAAGUGACAUUUCCUGGACAGGAACCCAUUCUGAAGAAAGGCAAACUCUGUCCAAUUGAUAUCACCCUUGCACAGAAGACGUAUAAUAAGAAGGUGACUGUGGUCCGGAACUUGGAGACUUACGGUCUAGAUCCAUGCUCAGUGGCUGCCAUCCUCCAACAGCGAUGUCAGGCCAGCACCAUCGUCUCUCCUGCCCCUGGGACCAAAGACAGUCUACAGGUGCAGGUCCAGGGAAACCAGAUCCACCACCUUGGGCAGCUAUUGCUUGAAGAGUAUCGGCUCCCUGGAAAAUACAUCCAAGGCCUAGAAAAGGCCCCCAAACCUGGCAAGAAGUGACAGACUCAUUUUAUGCAGUGGAUCCCAUGGGAACCCAGGUUCUGAGCUGGUAACUGAAAUGAGCAUUUUCAACUUUUGCAAAUAAAAACUGUAAUUCUUUACCAAAA